CUCCCUGUCCCAUCUUCCAUACAAAUGAGGCUAGGGGAGUUGCCGUAAUCCUGUCACCCUUGUCCGGAGGGGUUUAGUGGGUCUCCCACGGCCUUUUCAUUGCUUUUUUUAAAGUCUUUCUUCUGAUCAGUUUUGGUUCAAGCAGAGGCUUGGGGUGGGGGUGGUGUCCUUCAUGAGUCAGGCAGGCUGGAUACUGUGCCCUGGUUCCCCAAGAACACAGAGCUGACAGGUAACAACAGGGUUCUAAUAUCCUGCUAGAAAGAGCCACAGGAGACCGAUUCAAGAGCCACUUGCGGCUCAUAAGCCCCGGUCGGUCUGAGUAUCGCUGGGCUAGCCAUCCCUGACAGGUGUUGGGAGGGUUUUAAGAACAGAUUAGAUAAUGACGGUGACUAAGCAAUUUGUUCCCCUACUUAACCACCCUGACCGCUAGGCAGUGUUUCGUAAUGUCCAACCUAACCCGCCCUGGCUGCUAGUGGUGCCCCUUGCUCCUUGUCCUGCUCUCAGUGGUUAAGGAGGACAAAUGAUCCCCCUCCUCUUUAUAACAACCUUUGAAGUAUUUGAAAACUGUUACCAUGCCCCCCCUCCGUCUUCUCUUCUCCAGACUGAACAGACCCAGGGUUUUCAAUCUGCCCUCACGGGGCAUGUUUUCCAAACCUUAAUUGUUUUUGUUGCUCUUCUCUGGACUUUCUCCAAUUUGACCACCUCUUUCCUGAAAUGUGGCGCCCAGACCUGGACACCAUCCAGCUGAGGCUUUAGCUGAUCACAGUGGUCCCUUCUGGCCUGGAGUCUAAGAAUCGCUGAAUGCCCCCAGCUAGGGCGGCAGUGGGCAAGGGACAAGGUGAGGAGAGAGGUGCUGUCCCGCUCUGACCCUUCCCAAGCCAGGGUGCAGCAGGACUACUGGAAGUGGGUCCCUAGCCCUCGCGGUCACGUGCUGGUAGUGGGCCUUGUGCAUGUUCCCAAUGGUGCUAAGGGCCAGUGUGUUUCUCUCCUGGGGGUAACUCUCCCUGUGGGACUGAACUGGGCCCAGGGCCCCUGCUGCGGCUCACCCUCCCUCCUUGAUCCGCUCUGUCUGCGUCGCAGGCUGCGACAGUGGGAUUGUGGGUAAGGUUUGGCAGGCAAAAUCCCCUGCCUUGCUCCCCAGCCUGCACUAGCGCUGCUGGUUCAGUGAUCACGUCUGUGUUCCCACAGCUCUUCCCUGCUGCAGCCACAGACUCCAGCCUGGCCUUUCCUGCCUCUUGGUCCCUCUGGCCGGGCCUUCGGGGCUUUUAUGCCUGAUUUUCCUUUGCUCAAAACAAGCCAACGGUGCUGUUGUCCUGGGCUCCUGGUGGGCUGGGAAACUCUCUUCCUGUGUCUGUUGGCUCCUGGUGGGCUGGGCUGCUGGCCGAAGCAUGCACUGGAGUCCUCAUCAUGCAUUGCUGCGGGGCUCUAAGGGCUUUUGGGGGAAUAAGACAGUUGGCUGCUUCUCCUACCUCUAUAGAUCGGAGUUUCCCCAGAGCUGCUGACGCCCACUGGGACACAGACGUUUGUGCACCUCGGCCUCUCCUGUUUACUCCCUGUGGCGUGUCAUAGUCUGGUCUCCUGUUUGGUCGCUGAGUUCAGUAGGCGGGUGCUGGGUGGUGGUGGCGGCUUGUGAUAUACCGGAGGUCAGACCGGAUGAUCUGGUGGUCCCUGCAGGCCUUAAACUUCACGACCCCUGCCCUAGAGGGUCUUUCUGGAUGUGCACUGUGCGCCUCAGUCUCUGUUGUUGGUGCACCCAGCAAGCUGGGAGCACUUGGAGCUGUGUCCCAUCUAAAUGGGGGACGUGCUGGCAGUGCUGGGUGCAAAGUGUCGCUUCCACGUUGCUCUGGCCACCGUGGUAACUGUGACAUGGGCACCUGGCCUUGAGAGCUGGGCUGAGACAUCCUUGUCGUCUUGUGGGCUGGUAGCACCUGGUGCUGCGUCUGACUCCAUCUCCCCUCUGACUCCAUCUCCCCUGGAAACUAUUAAAAACCGCAUACGUGAAUCAGUCCCCAUUGGCAGGGGUCCCAGGGGCUCCCGUGGGCACUCCCCCUACCAGCUCUAGGGAACAGAUUUCAUAGAUUCAUGGGCCAAGACUGAAAAACUGAAAUGAGGAGCUGCGGGGUCCCGGAGCUGGGUUCCUCAAUCUGGGCUUGGGAGCCUGGCUUCAUGCCCUUGUUCCCUUGAAAAUCUUGGCCAGGGCCCUUCUGAUACACCUCUACACCCAAUAUAACACGGUCCUCGGGAGCCAAAAAAUCUUACCGCGUUCUAGGUGAAACCGCGUUCUAUCGAACUUGCUUUGAUCCGCCAGAGUGCACAGCCCCCCCACCGAGCGCUGCUUUACCGCAUUAUGUCAGAAUGUGUGCUAUAUUGUGUCGCGUUCUAUGGGGGUAGAGGUGUAUCCAGUCUGACUGCGUGGCUCAGGUCCCACCCAGUGGUCCUGCCUCGAGCCCAGUAGUGUGUGGUUGAACAGGAGCUGAUGGUUUCUCCAGUCUCAGACCCCAAGUGACAGGGAACCUUCCAUUCAAUGGUCGUUUACCUGAACUGUAAAUACGUGCACCUUCUUCCCACCUGAAUUUUCUAGCUGUAGCUUCCGGUCAUUGGCGCACCUUCUGCCUUUGUGUGCUAGAUUAAAGAGCUGUCUGCUUUCAGAACCAUCCUCCGCACUGAGCUGUCAUCAAGUCACCCCUUCACCUUCUCUUUCCUAAGCUAAGGAGACUGAGCUCCUUCUGUCUCUCACUGUAAGGUGGGUUUCCAGCCCUUGACCCAUUCCUGUUCUCUUCUCUGAACCCUCUUCAGUUUGUGAGCUUCCUGUACAAAGCGCGUGAAGCCCAGAGCUGGGUCCAGUGCUGCAGUAACGGUCUUACCAAUGCAGUAUCAGGUAAUACCUGCUCCUUGCAUGUCCCUGCGUGACAGGAAGGUCCAAGUGCCAUGUGGACAAAGUUCCUCGACACCCCAAACAGGCUGAGCUGUGAACACAGUGUUUCCCGCAGAGAGCCAGGCCCUCAGCUGCAUCCUUCCUGUUCGCUGCUCUCACUGGCUUGUAUAAUCUGUGAGGGUCAGGGCUGGGAUCUGCCGUGUCCUGUUGAGAAUAGUGCCAAGCUUCUCUGGCCCUUUGGGGCUUUCUCCGGAGAGGGACGAGGAUGAUCACUUAGCCAUGGGAAAGCCGACGUGCUGUGAGGAAUCCUGCAAUGGGAAAGGCCUAUAACAUCCACGUGAACGGCGUGCUGCACUGCCGCGUGCGUUACAGCCAGCUGCUGGGCCUGCACGAACAGCUAAGGAAAGAAUAUGGGGCCAAUGUGGUGCCCGCCUUUCCUCCAAAGAAGAUCUUCACCCUCACCCCGGCGGAGGUGGAGCAGAGGCGAGAGCAGCUGGAGAAAUACAUGCAGGCCGGUAAGUGGGCAGACAAAGAGCCCUCAGCGACUGGGAACAGACAGGGUGGGCACACGGCCUGGGCGCAGACCUGCCU